UUCAAUGCGAAACUGUGCGAAACGAAUAAAGGUACAAAAUUGAGGUGUAUCGGCGGCAAAACGUUAUGUGUUAACAUUUUUUAUAGUAAAGCUAUUAGUGUAAAAAUUUGUUACUACCGUUUAUUUUAGAACCUUUAGAAAACUCUGGUAUUUCCUAAUAUGACUAGAUCAAAGAUAGAGUUAGGAGAUGUAACCCCACACAAUAUAAAACAGCUAAAGCUUCUUAAUCAAGUGGUAUUUCCAGUUUCAUAUAAUGAGAAGUUUUACAAAGAUGUAUUAGAAGCUGGAGAAUUAGCUAAACUUGCAUAUUAUAAUGAUAUAGUGGUUGGAGCAGUUUGUUGUCGAGUCGAUACUUCUGAAAAUUCUAGGCGUUUGUAUAUUAUGACGUUGGGAUGUCUUUAUCCCUAUAGAAGAUUAGGAAUCGGUACUGUAAUGGUACAACAUGUUUUGAACUAUGUCAAUAAAGAUGGAAACUUCGAUUCCAUUUUUCUUCAUGUUCAAAUAAGCAAUGAAGGAGCAAUUGAUUUUUAUAAGAAAUUUGGAUUUGAAAUAGUAGAGACAAAAGAACAUUAUUAUAAACGAAUAGAACCUGCAGACGCACAUGUACUACAAAAAACACUACGUCCUACGAUAAAUAGAGAACAAACAAAUACUCAACAAGUCAACCAUGUGUUAUAAGUUAUAAAAUUAGAAUUUUAUAAAUAAUUUAAUAAAGUUAACAAAUACGAUGUACUUCCAUGUAAAAAACAAAUAUAACUUAAUAAACCCUAUGAAUUGUUAACACUUCUUCAAAACAAGGAAAACAUAAUUUUGCCAUUAAUGCUCUUCAUGUUGGCUGCUAUUUUUCUGUAUAAUUUCGUUAAAUUGACCUCAUUUGAAGAGUAUCUUAUAUUUACCACAUUCUUAUAUCCAUGAACUGAAU